AUGGAGGAGCUCUCCACCCCGUACCACCGGAUGAGCAGCUCGCAUCGGUGUCUCGAUCGUGAAGAUCAUCCUCGGGUGGUAGAAGUCACGAUUUGCCCUCCUCCAAGCCCGGAAUAUCUGACUUUUACCGACAUGCGUAAACAUGAGUGUAUUUGGAGAUUUGAGCGCGAAUGGAACGUUGAAGUCGUGCUCCAGCAGGAGUCUGUCUUCAGGCGUCACAAGCGGCUAGCUGUGUUUGAUAUGGAUAGCACCUUGAUCAAACAGGAGGUUAUUGACGAGAUAGCUCGGUUCAUCGGUGUGGAGAAGGAAGUUUCAGAAAUCACUGCACGCGCCAUGAACGGCGAACUGGAUUUCUCGGCAUCUCUAAAGGCAAGAGUCAGCUUGCUGAAAGGAGUUCCAGCCGAUGUAUUUGAGAAACUCAAAUCGAUCAUUACGAUCGCCCCUGGCGCCCGUGAACUUUGCCGUGCCUUGAAAAGGCUGGGAUUCAAGAUGGCAGUUUUAAGUGGCGGAUUUCAGCCAUUAGCGGAAUGGUUGGCUGAGGAGCUAAGCCUCGACUAUGCGUUUGCAAACCAUGUAGGUUGA